AAGUGAUCGGUUUCUAUUUUUCAAUUCUGUCAAAUGAAGCUUGGAUUUUUUAAAUGGUAUUAUAUUGAGAAGGAACCAUCUGGUCGCUGACGAUAGCUUGUUGUGGAAUGCAUUUGCAAGAAUGAAAUCAGAGAUUUCUGCAUGAUCCGAGACUGAAAAAUCUUCCAAAGUCUAACUUUACUGCAAUUGUAUGUUCACUAUGUAGUCUGAAACUGAAAAAUACAAUAGUGACUGAAAUAGAAAGUGAAAGCCAAGAAUGAAAAUUCUGCCAGUAAUGCAAUGGCCGAUUUCCAGAAUUUCGUAAUUGACUGGAGCACUGUUUUUGUUCUGAGUUUGAUGAUCGGAAUAGUUAUCGUCAGAGCGUUUUUCUUAUAUGAUGCGCUAUACAGAGGUGACGAUUUAUUUCAAGAGGAUGAUGAAUUUGAAGACAUUGAAGCUGCGCAAAGUGAUGAUGAAUUUGAAGACAAUGAAGAUGCGCACAGUGGUGAUGAAUUUGAAGACAAUGAAGAUGCGCACAGUGGUGAUGAAUGUGAAGACAUUGAAGUUGCGCACAGUGGUGAUGAAUUGUUAGAUGAUGAUAAUGGCAGUUACAGGGAGGUAUGUCAUGCCGAUUUGACGAGACGUACCGGAAUAACUGAAAAUCCUGAAGAAGAAAAAUAGAGGUUUUCUUCUGAUGCAGAAAAACGUAUGAGAGAUUCAACAAUGGCAGGAGGCUUUCAGGAUACAUGUCAUUUUUGCUUUCUCUGACGCCAAUUCAUUUUUUUUUUAAUGUACCGCAUAUAAAUGCGAUGAAACUUUUGUUUUUGUAUAA